AGGGUUCUUGAGUUUUUGGAAACUCAGAGGCUGUAAAUGGCUGUGAUUGCACUGUAAAUAGUUUUAUUUAUACUGGCCUUCUGGUCUUGGCCAGACUUGCUAUGAAGGAAGGGUUUUUUGAUAAUGCUGUUCUAGAAAUAACAAAUCAACCUCUAUACUACAAAGCAUUUAUGAAGAGUCUUGAAGAAGAAGGCUAUGAAUUAAUAGGUUACAUAAGAAAAUCAAAAGGAAAAGAAAACGACGAUGUCAGAGUCCGAUUAUUAGAAACUAUGGCUAUUAGGCUUACAGAAAGAUAUUCAGUCAAGACCUUUUAUGCUUCCCCCUUCUCUAACAGCAUGGAUGAAAUCGCCUCAAGAGAUUUAUGCGAGAAGAAUAAAUCCCUUGUAAAGCGAUUGAAUAAUGUUUCUGGAAGUGCCCAAGAUAUGAUGAGUCAUAUCAAAGCAGCCAAUACUAAUAUUUGUUUGAUUGUGAUAGACUUUGCGGGUCUAUCAAGAGAUAGCGAAGAUAUACGAUCCUUUGUCAGAUCUCACCCGAAGUUAAAAAAAAAUAUCAGUGGAUCGUUUACCAAUAAACAACAUGGUCACAACAUAUAACAGAGAAGAUAUACUACUUGAUCACAAAUUCAUGAAGGAUUUUGAUUGCAGAAAGGCACCAAUACAAAGAUCUCUAUAGAUAAAGUUUAUUUCUAACGAACAUUAAAAUCUUAUAGAAUGCAAAUGACUAUAACAAAAUUGUCAGAAAAAACUCACAAAUAACUUUUUUUUUGAACCGUUUUUUUUCACUUUUUUUUUCAGAGCAUGGUCACUUUUUACAGAGCAUGGUCACUUUAACAGAGCAUGGUCACUUUUUUCUGAACAUGGUUACUAGCAUGAUCAUCUAUUUUUAUCUUAUCGAAAUUUGACAAUUACAGGAAUACAGCAUGUUAAUGAAUCGGCAACGCACUUUUUUUUUCUUUCUUUGGAACGAUUAGUUUUUUAAGUAGAGCACCUCAGUCAAAUUACAAAAACUGCCCUUUGGAAAAAUCAAACCGGCCAUUGGAUGAAUCAAAACUGCCAUUUGGAAAAAUUAAAACCACCC